AUGGAUCCCAUGGAUGAAUCACCCCCAGCUCCGGCAAAUGUCUCUCGGACUCCAAAUCACCCAAGAUCACGCGGCGGAAUAUCCGACGUCCAGAAAAAGGCCCUUCGCGACUGGGUUCGGAGCCACGAAACCCGACCAAAGCAUACAGCCUGCAUCGACUGGUUUGAACGCACCUACCAAAGGCACAUCAACCAAUCCAGCGUGUCCCUCAUCCUGUCAAAGAGAUACGAUCAUCUCGAUGCGGGGCCCGUGAGCUCCGCCAUGCGAAAGCAAACCCCCCAAUGGCCUGUCCUUGAGAAAGAGCUAUCUGAAUGGCUUCAACGAAUGCAAGAUGCCGGACGAACGGUCAGUGGCGAUUGGAUCAUCGCUAAAGCACGCGAAAUAUGGCCUCGGAUCAACCAAGAUGAUCAGCCCGUGCCUAUGUUCAGCCAAGGCUGGCUGACGAGGUUUAAGAACCGAUUUGCCAGUCGCGUGCCCGAUGGAACGGAAGUUGAACAUCUGGCAGCUCCGUCAAAAAGCAGGAAGGAGUUAAACGGACUGCGCGCAUUUUGUGGAGAAUUCAUGCAGGAAGACAUUUACAGCAUGGAUGAAACCGGCCUAUUGUGGCGAAAAGCCCCAUUCGAUGCUAUCCAGAACGAGGACCAGUCAUCACUCGAUAAAGAACGGUCUCGUGUCUGUUUGAUCGUGUGUACGAACUGCACUGGAGGGGAUCGACUUCCGCUCUGGGUGGUCGGCCACAAGGAAACGCCCGAACCGCUGCGCUUUCUCAAUCUCCGAGCCAUAGAUUGUCAGUGGCGCUAUAACCAAAAGGCGUGGAUCUCUACGACCAUCAUGUCGGAGUGGCUGCUGUCAUUCUACGAGCACGUCGGUGAAAGAAGAGUUCUACUCUUACUAGACGACUCUCAAGCCCACCAGGCGGCUGUCGAGUCUACUCCUCCGCCGGCAAACGUCCACAUCCAAAUCUUCUCCGCGCAGGCCGGUGGAGUCAAGCCACCUCUGAACCAGGGUAUAACCCGGAAUCUGAAACAACACUACCGCAAACGCUACCUCUCAUACAUGGUUGCAGGUUUCCAGGCUGGUCAAAGUCCCGUCCACACUAUGAGUCUGUACUAUACGCUCAGUUGGAUCACUCAAAUUUGGCGCUGGGACGUCACAAACGCAACGAUCUUCAAAGGAUUCAGACGGAGUAAUCUCAUCGAACCGCAACUGAGUAUUCUUGCUUCACCCAAGGUACCCGGAAUGCGCGACCUCUACAAUGCCGUGAUUCAAUACAAUCAAAGUGGUCAACCACCAACUUCUCUGGAGCAAUUUCUGGAUCCUUUGGGAGAAGACGGAGACGAGCAGUUGAAUGAGGCAUCAUGGCCCUCCCCAGACUCACAGACCGCGGAACUGGAUGAGGCUUUCACCAUUAUUCCGGCCAGUGAAUUUUUGCCUUCGCCACAAACCGUCAUCACGGGCAUUGAAAGGAUAAUGCGAUACAUGGACCAUCACAAGAUUGGGACUGCGGAUCAGAUUCAACUUCUGGAGGAGCUUGAGAUAAUGGCCGAGAGAGAUAUAAUGAACUCUCUGGGUAGUUGA